AUGAAGCAGAGCUGGGGCCCAGGGCUCAUCCUGGGAGCAGUAGUCCUGAUAGAGGGUCUUCAAGCAACUCAACGUGCCUGUGGGCAGCGUGGCCCUGGCCCCCCCGAGCCUCAGGAGGGCAACACAGUUCCUGGCGAGUGGCCCUGGCAGGCCAGUGUGAGGAGGCAGGGAGUCCAUAUCUGCAGUGGCUCCCUUGUGGCAGACAGCUGGGUCCUAACUGCUGCCCACUGUUUUGACAAGGCGGCAGCGUUGGAAUUGAACUCAUGGUCAGUUGUUCUGAGUUCUCUGCAGCGUGAGGGGCUGAGCCCGAGGGCUGAGGAGGUGAGGGUGAGUGCCCUGCAGUUACCCAGGGCCUAUAACCACUACAGCCAGGGCUCAGACCUGGCCCUGCUGCGGCUUGCCCACUCCACAGCCCACACACCCCUCUGCCUGCCCCAGCCUGCACAUCGCUUCCCAUUUGGAACCUCUUGCUGGGCCACUGGCUGGGAUCAGGAUACCAGUGAUGCUCCCGGGACCCUACGGAAUCUGCGCCUGCGUCUCAUCAGCCGCCCCACGUGUAACUGUCUUUACAACAGGCUGCACCAGCGACCGCUGGCCAGCCCAGCCAGGCCUGGGAUGCUGUGUGGGGGUGCCCAGCCCGGGGUGCAGGGGCCCUGUCAGGGAGAUUCCGGGGGCCCUGUGCUGUGUCGCGAGCCCGAUGGACACUGGGUUCAGGCUGGGAUCAUCAGCUUUGCCUCAAGCUGUGCCCAGGAGGACACUCCUGUACUGCUGACCAACACGGCUGCUUACAGUUCCUGGCUGCAGGCUCAAGCCCAGGGGGCAGCUUUCCUGGUCCAGAAUCCAGAGACCCCGGCGAUUAGUGACGAGGACAGCUGUGUAGCCUGUGGAUCCUUGAGGAGAGAAGGUCCCCAGGCAGGAGCCCCUUCCCCAUGGCCCUGGGAUGCCAGGCUGAAGCACCAAGGGAAGCUGGCCUGUGGUGGAGCCCUGGUGUCAGAGGAGGUGGUGCUGACUGCUGCCCACUGCUUCAUUGGGCGCCAGACCCCAGAGGAAUGGAGUGUAGGGCUGGGGACUGAGGAACCAGAGGAACGGGGCCUAAAGCAACUCAUCUUGCAUGGGGCUUAUACGCACCCGGAGGGGGGCUACGAUGUGGCCCUCCUCCUGCUGGCCCAGCCUGUGACGCUGGGUCCCAGCCUGCGGCCCCUCUGCCUGCCCUAUGCCGACCACCAUCUGCCUGAUGGGGAGCACGGCUGGAUCCUGGGGCUGGCCCACCAAGAAGCAGGUCUUUUCACCUCACCCCAGACCGUGCCUGUGACCCUCCUGGGGCCUAGGGCCUGCAACCGGUUGCACAAAGGCCCCGGGGGCUAUGGCAGUCCCAUUCUGCCAGGAAUGGUGUGUACCAGUGCUGUGGGUGAGCUGCCCCACUGUGAGGGCCUGUCUGGGGCGCCACUGGUACAUGAGGUGAGGGGCACAUGGUUCCUAGCUGGGCUACAUAGCUUUGGAGAUGCCUGCCAGGGCCCUGCCAGGCCAGCAGUCUUCACUGCACUUCCCGCCUACGAGGACUGGGUCAGCAGUUUGGACUGGCAAGUCUACUUCGCCGAGGAGCCACAGCCCGAGGCUGAGACAGAAAUCUGCCUGACCAACAUGAGUAUGUGGACCUGGGGCCUCCCUGCCAAGCCCUUUCUCUCUCCAUUGAGGGAAAGUGCUGCUCUGACCCACCUCUAG